AUGGCUACCUCCCAGCUCACAAAGUCGGUCGUCGAGGCCAUCAAGGAGCGCCGCACAUACUACCAGCUCAACAAGGAGGCGCCCAUCUCGGACUCCAAGAUCAAGGAGCUCGUCGAGCAGGCCGUUCUCCAUGUCCCUUCAUCUUUCAACUCCCAGUCCACUCGCCUCGUUGUCCUGCUCAACAAGGACCACGAGCAGUUCUGGGACUACGUUGUCGAGGUUCUCAAGCCCUUGACACCCGAGGACAAGUUCGAUGGCACCAAGCAGAGGAUCAGCGGCUUCAGGGCUGCCUACGGCACUGUGCUCUUCUACGAAGCCCCCGAGCCCGUCGAGAACCUGCGCAAGCAGUUCCCCAUCUACGCACACCACUUCGGCGACUGGUCCGAGCACACCAACGCCAUGCACCAGUACGCGCUGUGGGUCGCGCUCGAGGCCGAGGGCUUCGGCGCAAACCUGCAGCACUACAACCCCGUCAUCGACCAGAAGGCCGCCGAGCACUGGAGCAUCCCGCUCGAGUGGAAGCUCAGGUCGCAGCUGGUCUUUGGUGGCCGUGCUGGCGAGCCCGGCGAGAAGCAGUUCCAGAAGACGUUUGGUGAGCGCCUGUUCGUUCACGGCUCCAAGGAGUAG